UAACCUAAACGCAACAUGCGCAAUUUUACCAUCACCCCUUAUUGCGUGUUUACUCAUCAGCUGAGGGACUCGCCGGCUCGUAGCGUGGGUCUGGGUAGUUUAUGGGAAAGAUAUGGCGUCCGCUCAAGAUGCUGAAAUGAAACUGCCGUCAUCAAAGAGAGUCAAGGAACGGAAACAUUAUACUGAAGAUUGUUUGCAAGAUGAAGAAAUUGAAGGACGUCGUAUGUUUUCCGUUGAAGAAAAACUCACCUGUGAUCGCUUUGAAAGUGGUUUUGUUGAUGAAAUGAAAGGAGAAGAUUUCAAUUUGAAAUAUUUACAAGAACAUGGAUUUGUGAAACCUGUACUUUUUAAGGACAAGGCCGGAUUGGGCAUGAGAAUGCCAAGUGCUAAUUUCACAGUAAACGAUGUUCGCCAAUGUGUUGGGAGCAGAAGAAUGCUAGAUGUGAUGGACGUAACUACACAGAAAGACAUUGAAAUGACUAUGAAAGAUUGGUGUAAAUAUUUCGAGAAUCCAAAUAGAGACCAGUUGCUCAAUGUGAUCAGUUUAGAAUUUAGUCAUACUAGGCUUGAAAACUAUGUAGAAUCACCUACACUUGUACGACAAGUUGAUUGGGUAGACUGGGUGUGGCCAAGACAUUUAAAAGAGCAGCAGACUGAAGGAACUAAUUCUUUAGAUGAAAUGAAGUAUCCUAAAGUUCAAAAGUACUGCCUUAUGAGUGUUAAGGGAUGUUAUACAGACUUUCAUAUUGAUUUUGGUGGAACGUCUGUUUGGUACCAUAUUCUUCGAGGAAAAAAGGUAUUUUGGUUGAUACCACCUACAGAAAAAAAUCUAGCUCUUUAUGAAACAUGGGUGUUAUCUGGGAAGCAGGGUGAUGUUUUCUUUGGUGAUACUGUCGAGAAAUGUGCUCGUGUUCAUCUAGAAUCUGGUGACACAUUUUUCAUUCCAACUGGCUGGAUUCAUGCUGUGUACACUCCUGAAGACACUUUAGUGUUUGGUGGCAAUUUUUUACACAAUUUUGGAAUUGAAAAGCAGCUACGUAUAGCUGAAGUAGAAGAUUUAACUCAUGUUCCUGUAAAGUUUAGAUACCCAUUUUACACUGAAAUUCUGUGGUACGUUGUUCAACGUUUUGUUCAUUGUUUACUGGGCAAAAACUAUUUAAUUUGCAAUGAAAGUGGUGAAGUGAUACACAGAACAGAUCCUCAUACGGAUGCUUUAAAUUUAACAGCUAAUUCAGAAAAAGAUCAAAAACCACUUUCCUUAACCCAUAAUACUGUGCCAAUGAAUGGUGAGAACUUCUCUUUCCCUUUUAAAGGAAUCGGUGAUACUUCUCAACAGGAAUCUGUAAAUGGUGUCAAGCCAGAAUCUAAUCACGGUGAUGAGAUCAAUCCAGUAACUCAACCAGUGGAAUCAAAUCAUACACCUGUUGAAAAUAUUCGCAAAAUCAGUUUGAAAGAGCAUGUACAUAUCACAAGAUUAGAAUUCAAUGGUCUUAAGGCAAUUCUUAAAUGGCUCAGAGGGUUGCCAGUUUCUAAAAAAGGAAUACCACUUUAUAUAAGCAAUCCUGAUGGUUUAUUGAAUGAUUUGGAAAUUCUAUUGUCUGAGCAUGAAAAUGAUGAUCAACGAUUAGCUAUUACUGGAAAACCAUCUUUGUUUUGGUUUGAUGUUAAGAAACCAAAGCCCAAACCUCGAGCCGCUCCAUCAUCAGGUUCCUCAUCCAAAGGCUCUAAAUCUGGUGGCUCUAAAGGUAGUAAUAAUAGCAAUGCUAGAAGGAGAAGAACAAGGUGUAAAAAGUGUGAAGCUUGCUUAAGAGCUGAUUGCGGGGAAUGCCAUUUUUGCAAGGAUAUGAAGAAAUUCGGUGGGCCAGGUAGAAUGAAGCAAUCUUGCAUAAGUCGGCAGUGUAUGGCACCUGUUUUACCACAUACAGCCUGCUGUAUGAUUUGUGGCAGAGAUGGCUGGGACAAGUUGACUAAUCCGCCAGAAAACGAAAAUUCUAGUCUUAUGGAAUGUUCACAGUGUUGGGAAAUAUUGCAUCCAAAAUGUUUACAAGAGAAGAAUCCUGACCUUCCCAUGGAAUUGCAUAAAUAUGAUGACCUACCCAAUAGUUGGGAGUGUCCUAAAUGUUGUAGAAAUGGCAAACCAGAUCAGAUAAAGCCGAGACAAAUGAAAGGAAAGAAUACCAAAGGUGGUGAUAUAUCUAGAUUGUCCAUCUCAAGUAAUGAGAAUGGUAUUAUGGACUGCUCUGCUAUCAGUGAUGCUCAAGAAGUUAUGGACUUGCAUCAUAUGAAAAUUGAAGUUAAUCAAAGUCAUUUACAUUCUGACAUGACUGAUGCAGUUAAUAAAAGGAUAUUCGAUGGUGAACCUUUAGAUUUGGUGCCUCAAAAGAAAAAAGUAAAAGUUGAACUGUUACCUCCAAUUAAGCAAGAAGUGAUUGAUGAAUCAAAUUAUGAUUCAGAAGAUAAUAAAAACAAUUUUCCUUACACUCAUGGGAAUGUGCAACCUAUCAGUAGAAAGUAUUCCUUAUUAUCUGAUAAAGAGGAAGAAAUCAAUAAUGGUUGCGUAUCUACCCAAAUCAAAGAAGGCUUUGAUCGUAUUAAGAAACAAACUGUUUCUCCAUCUCAUGUUCGAUCUUGUGCACGAUACCCUUUACAUUUGAAAAAAUCCAUAAAGAAUGAACAAGGCAAGGUACUGCGUGUCAAAAAUAUAAAUGAAAAACUUGAAAUAAGAGCAAAGUCUAAGCUACCCAUCGGGAUGCCGAUCAGACGCCAUGGCGAAACGGCCCGUGAAAGACUCUUCCGGAAUUUGAAAGGGCUGAAGAAAAAUUUACUAAUAAAGAAGAAUUUUGGAAAAUCAGAAGAGGCUAAUAAUAGCAAACCAUUACUUAAAGAAAUGAAAUUUGUUCAAUCUCUGGGUGAUAUCAAAAUAAAGCAUGAAGUUGCUCACAGCUUCGCUGAUGAUGAAAAAACAGAAAUUGCAAGAAUUUCUGCAGAGAAACUUAUAAAGUCAGACAAGAAUCCAGAUAAAUUACCAAACACCCAAAGUAAUAAGAUCUGCUCUAUGCUGCAGGAUAGCCCUCACCUGAAGAAACCGAAGUAUGUCGUUCGUCCAGCUCCCAUAGUAGAAGAUAACAACGAAGAAAAAAUGAGGAAUUCUUAUCCUGGUUCUGAGAACUUAGCAGUUGAAAAGGAAGUCAUGCUACCAGUUUUUCAGUUCCUGUCUGUAAAAGACUUGUACACCUGUCAAUUGGUUUGCAAAACUUGGAAUCGCUGGUCUGUUGACCCUAGACUGUGGAGGAUGAUGGACCUUACACGUAAGAAAAUAACAGCUAGCACGCUGAUUGGAAUAGUGCGACGACAACCCGUUACCCUCAACCUUAGUUGGACUAAUUUAUCUCGAAGGCAGUUGGCGUGGCUCAUCGCCAGACUUCCCCAGAUGAAGGAACUAGUCGUGAGCGGUUGUUCCUCUGCUUCUAUUUUAGCUCUGUGUACGUGUAACUGCCCUCUUUUGCGUUCCCUUGACCUUAGCUGGGUUGAAGGAUUGAAUGAUUCUGUCAUAAGGGAUCUCCUAGCUGCCCCACCCGAUUCCAGGCCAGGUUUUAUUGAGAAUAAAACAAGGUUACGUCAUUUAACUGAAGUUAAACUUGCGGGAGCCGAUAUCUCUGAUGUAUCUGUAAGAUUGUUAGCUCACCACUUGCCUCUACUAUCAAAACUGGAUCUAAGCCAUUGUCAUAAAGUUACAGACAUGGGUAUUGCUGUUUUAGGAGCAGCAAAAUCAGCACGAUUACAAUCGUUAGACGUCUCGUCUUGUUCCAACAUUACGGACACCAGUCUCGAUGCCCUGAAACGCUGUACGCACCUCAAUUAUCUCGAUCUCAGGGACUGUGGCCAAGUUACUGAAGCUGCGUGUUCAAAGUUCGUAGGUCAAAAUCGGCUGACACUUAUUCAAAAAGAAGCUAAGUUUAUAAAAAGGCAUAUUUAAUCUAUAUUUUCACUGUAGGUAUUAGACAAUGCAGAGCUCAUUAACUAAAAUUAUUUUAAUAGUGUUGACACGAACAUCGUUUCAGAUUAAUUGCUUUGAGACUCUUAUUUUAAUAAGCUUCUUUUUGUGUGAGAUAUUAUAAAUAUAAAAAAAAUCAUAAGAAGCUAUCAUAAUCAUCAUCUUAAGAAGCACUUGUAUAUUUUCAAUUGUAACCAUUGUGUUUUAUGUUUAACAUUUGAAAUACUCAUUAAAAUGUUUCAUAUUGUAUAUUCAUGAUAUUUUAAUGUACAUACAAAUAAGCGGAUAUAUUAUUUCUUUUUCUGAAAGAAUGUCAUUGUGAACCAGAAAUGUUUUUGUUCAUGUUUCUAUGUUUAUUUUAAAUUGAUUUUACAUAUGUAAUGUUCCUGUAUUGUGAUCAGAAACCCAUAAAAAAGUUUUGUCUUAUUUUAA